UCCGAUUGGUGGCUUUUGAACUCGGAAGCAGUCGUGGGCGCUGGGAAGAGGCGGGAACGCUGAUCUCUGCGGACGCUGCGGCUGCGGGAUGGUCGGCGGCGGGAAGCGCGCGCACGGCGGGGCGCCGCAGUAUGAGAAGACCGAGGAUGUGAAGAAGAGUAAAUCCUGUGAAGCAGACAUCUCCAGUGACCUUCGAAAAGAAGUAGAAACUCUUUAUAAGCUUUCCCUACCUGAAGAUUUCUAUCACUUCUGGAAGUUCUGUGAAGAACUUGAUCCUGAAAAGCCAGCUGAUGCACUUGCCACAAGUCUUGGACUUCGAUUAGUGGGUCCUUAUGAUAUCCUUGCUGGGAAACAUAAAAUGAAGAAAAGAUCCACAGGCUUGAAUUGUAAUCUUCACUGGAGGUUUUACUAUGAUCCUCCUGAGUUCCAGACCAUUAUUAUUGGAGAUAAUAAAACUCAGUACCACAUGGGGUAUUUCAGAGACUCUCCUGAUGAACUUCCCGUAUACGUGGGUACAAAUGAAGCAAAGAAAAAUUGUGUAAUUAUUCAGAAUGGCGAUAAUGUGUUUGCUGCCAUCAAAUUAUUUUUGAUGAAAAAACUUAAAGAAGUAACAGAUAAAAAGAAAACUAGCAUUUUGAAAAACAUAGAUGAAAACCUCACAGAAACGGCCAGAAAACUAGGAUACUCACUGGAACAGAGAACCAUGAAGAUGAAACAGAGAGACAAGAAAGUUGUAACAAAGACUUUUCAUGGCGCAGGCCUGGUUGUUCCAGUAGAUAAAAAUGAUGUUGGCUACAGAGAGCUCCCUGAAACAGAUGCUGACCUUAAAAGAAUUUGCAAGGCAAUUGUCGAGGCUGCAAGUGAUGAGGAAAGACUAAAGGCAUUUGCGCCCAUUCAGGAAAUGAUGACUUUCGUGCAGUUUGCUAAUGAUGAAUGUGAUUAUGGCAUGGGGCUUGAACUGGGAAUGGACCUCUUUUGCUAUGGCUCACAUUACUUUCAUAAAGUUGCUGGCCAGCUUUUACCUCUUGCGUAUAAUCUACUGAAGAGGAAUUUAUUUGCAGAAAUUAUUGAAGAUCAUCUGGCAAACCGAAGUAAAGAGAACACAGACCAACUUGCAGGAUGAACCAGUUGCUCUGAUUGUACAGUAUUUUAAAAUGGCACUGUCAUGUGGCUUUUGUUUUGUUUUUAAGAAAUACAGAAAUAAAACUAUGAAAACAUUUACUAAGAACUUUCAUAA